CAUAUUGUGUUCGGAUGGUAAAUGCACGUUUUACGUGCCAGGAUAAUAGUACACCGUACGACCGACUAGCCACACAUAUCAAAGAUGCCGCGAAUCAACAUUAAAGGAGGUGUUUGGAGGAACACUGAGGAUGAGAUUCUCAAGGCAGCUGUGAUGAAAUAUGGCAAAAAUCAGUGGGCACGAAUCGCUUCCCUUCUGCAUAGGAAAUCCUCCAAACAGUGCAAGGCCAGAUGGUAUGAAUGGUUGGACCCAGGUAUCAAGAAAACAGAGUGGAGUCGUGAGGAAGAAGAGAAGCUGCUCCACCUGGCCAAGCUGAUGCCUACACAGUGGAGGACCAUUGCUCCCAUCAUAGGCAGAACAGCUGCCCAGUGUCUGGAACAUUACGAGUUCCUUCUAGAUAAAGCCCAAAACAGAGAUCAAGACAAUGAAGAUGACCCCAGAAAACUUAAACCAGGAGAAAUCGACCCCAAUCCAGAAACCAAACCUGCUAAACCAGAUCCAGUGGAUAUGGAUGAAGAUGAGCUGGAGAUGUUGUCAGAGGCUAGGGCAAGACUGGCUAAUACACAGGGCAAAAAAGCAAAGAGAAAGGCCAGAGAAAAACAACUUGAAGAAGCCAGACGAUUAGCAGCCUUGCAGAAGAGACGAGAAUUGAGAGCUGCUGGCAUAGAAAUCAAGAAACAGCGUAAGAAAAAACGUGGAGUUGACUACAAUGCUGAAAUUCCUUUUGAAAAGAAACCUGCUUCAGGGUUCUAUGAUACAUCUGAGGAGGUGUACAAACCACUGGAACCAAACUACAAGAGGUUACGACAACAACAACUGGAUGGGGAAAGGAGACAGGACAAAGAAGAGAGAGAGAGGAAAAAGGAUAAACAAAGACAAAAAAAGAGGAAAGAAAAUGACCUGCCUGGAGCUAUCCAAGGCCAAACAAAUUUCACAGAGCCUCAAAAGAAAAGAUCAAAACUGGUUUUACCAGCUCCGCAGAUAUCUGACGCUGAGUUAGAAGAGGUAGUGAAGGUGGGUCAGGCCAGUGAGUAUGCCAGGCAGCAGGCUGAGGGGUCAGGAACUAAGGAUGGAGUGUCUCAGGGUCUACUGUCAGACUACUCUGUCACUCCUAAUGCUGCUAACCUACGUACACCCAGAACACCUGCCCAACAAGAUACCAUACUGCAGGAAGCUCAGAACAUCAUGGCCCUGACUAAUGUGGACACACCUCUGAAAGGAGGCCUGAACACCCCACUACACAACAGUGACUUCUCCAGUAUCACACCUAGACACCAACCCUCGCAGACCCCCAACACAGUGCUAGGUACACCCUUCAGAACUCCUGGGGGAUCCUCGGGUGAAGGAGAUGGUAUGACCCCACGUGGUGGUCUGACCCCAGCCCAGGCUAUGGCCCCAAGUGCAAUGGGUCCAGGCCGUACACCCAGUGUCAGGGAUAACCUCAACAUCAAUGCUGACCAGGACUUUGAGGCUAUGCACAUGGACAAGUAUUAUCAGAGAGACAUGAAGGAGCAGCUGCGGCAGGGCCUGGCAGGGUUACCUGCCCCUAAGAAUGACUAUGAGAUCGUGUUACCUGAGGACGAGAAUCAGGACAUGGAGGAAAAUAUGGAGCAGGAGGAGUUUUUGGAGGAUCAGGCUGAUAUAGACGACAGGGCCGAAUCAGAUAGGGCAGCAAAACGCCUAAAGGAGUUGAAGCUGAGAUCCCAGCCUGUUCAGAGAGAUCUGCCUAGGCCCCUGGAUGUUAACAUGGCUAACUUGAGACCCCUUAAUUCUGGAGACGCCCCCCUUACAGAGCUGCAGAGGGCUGAGGAGUUGAUAAAACGUGAGAUGAUCGUGAUGCAGAGGUAUGACUCGGUGUACAGCCCGACCCUGGCUCAGAUGGGCAUUGCCCCUGGCAGUAAGAAGUCCCAGCCUAGUCAGAAGACGGUCAUCAACCAGGCGCAGCACCUGGCUUACUUGGAGCAGCACCCCUAUGAAAAGUUCACAGAGGACGAUCUCAAAGAGGCUGAUGAACUGUUGCGUGAGGAGAUGGAAGUUGUGAAGCGAGGCAUGGCUCAUGGGGACCUGACCCUGGAGAAUUACUCACAGGUCUGGCAAGAGUGCUACUCCCAGGUCCUCUACCUCCCCUCCCAGAAUCGUUACACCCGUGCUAACCUUGCCAGCAAGAAGGAUAGGAUAGAGUCCCUUGAGAAGAGACUGGAGACCAACAGAACAUUUAUGACCAAAGAUGCCAAGCAGGCUGCUAAACUUGAAAAGAAGCUAAAAAUUUUACUGGGUGGUUAUCAAUCGAGGGCAUCUGGGCUGGCCAAACAGUUACAUGACCUGUAUGAACAGAUCGAACAGACGUUUGUAGAGCAGAAGACUUUUGAGAACCUGAGGCAGCAUGAGAUAGGAGCUAUUCCCAAGAGAAUGGAGUCGCUGACAGAAGAUGUGCAAAGACAGACAGACAGAGAACGAGAGUUACAGAAGAAGUUUGCUGAACUACAGCAUAAGAAGGACCAGCUGAAAGAACACUAGUAUUAAAUGAAACAAUUUUUUUGUCUUCUCUUUGUAGAUCACAUUGUUGUUGAUGACAAGCCCCAAAAAAAAGUCAUUCAUGAAUCACAAUUCUCUGUUGUGAUGUUCUGCUUAGUGCUUUGCCACAGACUAGAAAAGCUCGGACUUCCUGUCAUGCUGAUAUGUUCGGUCUUGUCAGUGGUGUUUCUACUUCCUUGGAUAAUCGUGACUUUUUCACCUGAAGCAUGUAUUGUGGAAGUUGACAGUAAAUUCUGCCAUUUUCAACUGAUUGGGAAACAUAAACAACAUACACAAUUUCAUGUCUGAAGGGAUGGCAUUUUUUUUUUCAAUGUAAGUGUGGUGUGUUUAUGAAUUUCACUGGUUGUUAUAAACCAGAUCUUUCUCAGCAGUCAGCAAUAUGCGUGGCAUAAGACAGAGCCAGUGACCACCUCAUGCAGAACCCUUUUUCCCAGAUUUAGGUUCCUCAUUGUUAAAUUGACUGUUUCAUGUAAAUACAGAAAUCAGCAGAAUUUAUCAAUAAAAAUCAAACAUUUGUGGAAGACAACUCGUCAAGCCAUCAUUUCUUUUAUCGGGUUUUCACCCACAACUGGAAAUACAGAUCCACUUUUCCCAGUGCCGUGUUCUGUGCUCUGAUUUGUCUAGCAGAUAUUUAUACCAAACUUCUGACUUGAUGAGCUGAUGGUGGGAGAUUGUGAAUUGUUCUUUGACUACAUACAUGUGGGUGAAGUUAAGAAGUACCUAUCGCCAUGAACAGCUUUCAUGAUCUGUGUCAGUAGGCAGGCCUGCAUUGAAUACUUCGUAGAUGUAUCAUGUAAGUCAUACUGAUAACGCAGAGUACUGUUUUGUGUGGACGUCUGAUUCAUAUAUUUUAAAUAAACCUCGAAAAACUGAA